AUGGCCGACUUCACCUCUAUUGACUACGUCAACCUGGACCGUUGUCCAGUGUAUGCAUCCUUCUUCGGCGCCAUCGGUGCGGCCUGCGCCAUCGUCUUUGCCGUCAUUGGCGCCUCCUACGGCACCGCCAAGUCCGCCACCGCCAUCUUUACGGCCGGUGUCCUUCGUCCCGAUCGCCUGAUGCAGAACACGCUCUGCGCCAUCAUGGCCCAGGCCCUGUGCAUAUACGGCCUUGUCGCCAGCGUCAUCAUCAGCAAUGGCGUUCAUGAGAAGAUGGCGCUGUACACGGGGUUCAUGUACCUGGCCGCCGGCCUGUCCGUUGGCUUGUGCGGAUUGGCCGCCGGGUUCGCCAUUGGCAUUGUGGGUGAUGCGGGCGUGCGUGCGAGUACACAGCAGCCGCGGCUGUACGUUGGCAUGGUGCUGAUCCUCAUCUUUGCCGAGGUGUUGGGACUCUACGGCGUGGUGGUGUCGAUUCUGAUGAUGACGAACGCCACCAACGGCGCAACAGUCUGCACUGCCUAA